UUUUUUAAACUUUUUCAAUUGAUGGGAGGAUGUGUGAGUAGUAGAGAUGUAGACGUUGAAAUUGAUGGAAAGCUGUUACGCUUAAAAAGAGUAAUUGCUACAGGAGGAUUCAGUCAAAUUUACCUGGCGGAGGAAGCUUCAAACAACGAAAAAUUUGCAAUCAAAAAAAUUCUCUGUCAUGGCCAAGAUGAAAUUAAAUGUGUUAGGAGGGAGAUUGAGCUGCUCACUCGUUUUGCUCAUUUACCACACAUUUUACCAUUCUUGGGGGUUGCAGAGGGCCGUUCUGUUGAUCCAACUUUUGCAGAAUUCUGUAUGGUUUUUCCUUUUUGUCGCCGUGGAUCGUUACAAGAAGAUUUGGCUAAUAGACGACAAAAUAGACAAUUUUUUGAAAGAAAAGUUCUGCUUGACUUUUUUAGACAGAUUAGCGAAGCUAUUGAACAUUUGCAUAGUGCUAAACCUGCAAUAGCUCACAGAGAUUUAAAACCCGGCAAUUUAAUGUUCUAUCAAGACUUUUAUACACUUCAAUUAAUCGAUUUUGGUUCAGCAAUGGAAUGCCCUUUAGUUAUUUCAGAUGCCUUAACUAGCAGAAAAAUGUUGGACGAAGCUGGACAAUAUUGUACAAUGCCUUAUAGAGCACCAGAAUUGUUUACUUGUGAAGUUGGGAUGGAAAUAGACGAAUCUGUUGAUAUUUGGUGUGAUACCGUUCCUCUCCAAAAUUAAUAUUUUUGACUUGGAUGGUUAAUCCGUGUUGACUCCCCCAAACUUUUUGGAAGCCCUCUACAACGUCCCCUUCACCCAUGUCAUUCCCUCUACAACGUCCCCUCCACCCAUGUCAUUUUCUCUAUUACGUCACCUCCCCUCAUACGUCACCUCCCCUUCCCAUGUCAUCUCCCCUCAUAUGUGUCCCAUCCCCUUCCACACCAUCUCGACUUACGUCAGUUCCCUUCCUCCGUCACUUCCUCUACUACUCCACAUCCCCUUUUACUUUUCGAUCCCCUUACAUCAUCUUCCCCUUCU